ACUCAACACACGUGCACGGCUUUCCGGGCGCCGCGAUUGGCUGCGGCGCGUCGCCAGCCCCGCCCCUCUGCGUCCACGUCACCGCGGCAGUUGUCCGUGGCGCUCUGCAGCGCUGAGGGAGAGCCGCACUGCAAAGCCUGGACGGGGCGAGGCAGCGAUCCCGGCGUGGCCCUCAUCCAUCAUCGCUAUGGGAAUUACCACAGCGUUCUUUCUGAACCAAGCCCUGAUCCCGUACUAUCUGAAACCGGUCCACCUGGAGACACGGACUAUAAAACACUGCAGUUGAGAGUGUCGCUCCUCCAGAGCCCGGCUCAGCUUCUCUCCUCCAGUGAGCCCAGGAGGAGGAGGAUGGGAAACAUCUAGAGAUGACAAGUGUUUCCCCAGCAGACAACUUGGACGUGCGCCCGAGCCUCAUCCGUGUUUUGUAAAACCAGGACGAUGCCUGCCAUGUGUGUGUCCGCAGUGCUCUUAUCCACGGUGCUUGUUCAGAUCUCAGCCCGGGCUUUGACCACCAGCAGCCCAGCUGACCAGCCUCUCCUUUCUCCACGCCGCUAUCAGCACACUGACCCAGACUCGGGCACCCAGCUGGUCUGCGACAAGUGCCCGGCAGGCACCUACGUGUCUUCACACUGCUCCCUGACAGCUGUGAGGGAGUGCAGCCCUUGCCCUGAAGGCACCUUCACAAGGGGUGAGAACGGGGUCCAGCAAUGCCAUCGCUGUCGGGCUCCAUGUCCUGCAGGCUUCAUGGAGAAAGCGCCCUGCACGGCCAUCCAAGACCGUGUCUGCACAUGUCCUCCGAACAGCUUCUUGUCGGGUGAUGGUGGCACAGAGUGUAAGCCCCACUCACUGUGCCCACCAGGGACCAGGGUGAAAAAGCGGGGCAGUGGAACAGAGGACGUGGUCUGUAAGCAGUGCACCAAGGGGACUUUCUCAGACAUGGAGUCGAGUGCAAUGAGGUGCCGAACCCACACAGACUGCCAAGCUCAGGGGCUGGUGCUGCUCACUCCGGGGACUAGAAAUACAGAUAACGUCUGUGGACCAUCUCCCACAGCCCCCUCUUCCUCAUCGUCUGUCUCCUUAACCACCCCACUGGUGCCUGCACAGGCUGUGCUCGUACAGGAACCUGUGACCUCUUCAUCCUCUUCAUCAUCACUGAUUGGACCUGAACACAAAGGCACCUACAGCCAGUCAGCAGCUAUUCAGCUGAGGGGUAACCUGGGUGGGAAAGACCACCAUGCGGAGGGGCUCCACCUCAGCUGGCCUGGGAAUCCCACCCCAACAAAUCAAGAUGCCUCACGGACUCCACCUUCCACAGCUCGCAAGCAACUGAUGGACCGUGAGCUCCAGCAGGGGCAAUCCAGUUCUGACCCUGUGCCAGGCCCCAGCAAGAGGGCAAUGGAGGGUGCAGGGAUAGAGAGGGUUGGGACAGGUAUCAGCAAGGUAGUCGGGCAAGGAAGUGGUGGCAGUGGAGGAGGGGUUUCCAGCUACUACAGGCCAACUCGCAGGGGCUCCCCAAGGCCGAGCACCCAUAAUGACUUUGACAUCAAUGAGCACCUGCCCUGGAUGAUAGUGCUGCUGCUCCUGCUGGUGCUGGUCGUGAUCGUGGUGUGCAGUGUGAAGCGGAGCUCUCGUGUGCUGAAGAAGGGCCCCGUGCAGGACCCCAGCAGCAUCAUGGAGAAGGCAAUUCAGAAGAAACCAUCUGCGCCUCCAACACAGGCCAAGGAGAAGUGGAUCUACUACUCCAACGGACAGGGGGUGGAUAUCUUGAAGCUGGUGGCGGCUCAGGUGGGCACCCAGUGGAUAGACAUGUAUCAGUCGCUGGCCAACGCCACGGAGAGGGAGGUCGCCGCCUUCUCAAACGGCUACUCGUCAGAUCACGAGCGGGCGUAUGCCGCGCUGCAGCACUGGACCAUCCGCGACGGCGAUGCCAACCUGGCCAAGCUGAUCAACGCCCUGCAUCGCCAGCGCCGCAUUGACGUGGUGGAGAAGAUCCGCUGUGUCAUGGAGGACAACCCACAGUUUGACAUCAACCAGCUGAUGACCUCGGUGAAUGUAAGCCAAAGCCUCAGUCCCAUCCACAAGCCGCUCGAGUCUCCCAGCAGCGUCGGCAGCGGCAGUCACAGCGGCAGCAGCGGCGGCAGCAUGGGCGGUGGCAGUGUGGGCGGGGCCAGCGGCGUGGGCGUGGAGCAGUCGCCGGUGGACCGCACCAAAGGCUUCUUCCCCGACGAAUCGGAGCCGCUGCUCCGCUGCGACUCCACCUCCAGCAAGGACUCCGCCCUCAGCAGGAACGGGUCCUUCAUUACCAAAGAGAAGAAAGACACGGUGCUCCGACAGGUGCGUCUGGACCCGUGCGACCUGCAGCCCAUCUUCGACGACAUGCUACACAUCCUGAACCCCGAGGAGCUGCACGUCAUAGAGGAGAUCCCGGCCGCAGAGGACAAGCUGGACCGCUUGUUCGAGAUCGCGGGGGUCAAGAGUCAGGAGGCCAGCCAAACGCUGCUGGACUCGGUCUACAGCCACCUCCCUGAUCUGUUAUAGUGGAAGGAGGAGGGAGAGUCCAUACGGAUGAGAACCAGCGCGGGAACAGGCAGGAAUGUCUCAGCGGGAGGGCUGAAUCAGAUAAAUUAGGACUGGGGUUGACCGUUGAUCAGACACACUCCGACUCGUCAUGUCACUUUGUCACAUGAUUCAAGCUAGGUCCUGUAGGUAGAUCUAGAUUCCCGAUGACUCUUUGUCCUCCAAUCUUCUGUUGUCUUGUGUGCACACACUAUUACUCCUUCGAAACACCUCCAUCCUCUGUCAUGUUACAGGGUCAACACUCAGUGUAACUGAGGCGCGAGUGAGAGAGUGUCACAGCAAGGACUCCUUUUUUUUUUUUUCACUUUUCUUGAGUAUGUUCGGCCUUGUUUAUGGUGGUGUUACACGAGCAUUGUGACCUUAAAAAUGUGGCUCAAGAGCCUCAAAAAAAAUUCAGUGGAACAACAUUAAAAGCACUUUCUGUAACGUAUCUGGCCAAUGCCUUCACCUUUAAAGGAUAAUACCAGUGUUUUUCGUUGGUUUGUACCAAUCAUCCAGGCCUGCCUUUAACACCAUGCUAAAAACUGUAUUUUACCAUGGCUGAGGUUAAUGCUAAAUGGUGGCAAGAAAGGAAAACCCUGCACAGACAAGAGUAAAUAAGCUACACACUAAACAACGCUGGUAUUAUUCUUGGGAUUUUAAGGGGUUUAAGCUUCUUGUAAACCACAUUCAUAGAUACAUUUCCCAGGUAUGAACUGACCCAAAAGUCAUGUGCCUGAGCUUGUUACAUGUCCCCUUUUCUCAGCUCUUUCUGAGCCAUCUGGUUUUUUUUUCCUUCCGACCCCUCCUUCCGGUUGCCUGUAACUGUAACCACGGUGCCAGACCAGCAGGGGGCAGUGUUAGAUGACAGAGCUGGCCUGCUGCUCUGGAACAAAAAAGCCAUAUAUCAAAAAAAAAAAAAAAUACUGGAUUUAACGUCAAAAUAAUUCAGAAUUACGAUACUGAAGUAAUUUACCGUAUCUAAUAUUCUGAUAUAUGGCUUUGUUUUUUUUUGUUUUGUUUUGUUUUGGGGUUUUUUUGGGGGGACUGUUUUGGACAAAAGGUCCAAAACUUAACAAUGAACCGGACAGGAAGUGUUCACCUCCCUGCCCACUUCUCUGGAACCAAAGCCAUAUAUCUAAAACCGUUUAGAUACGUCGCUUUGGAAGCUCCGAGGCUCUGUUUUGGACUCGUGGACAGUACACAAUAAACACUUCUGCCGGUACGCACAUUCUCUGCUAGCUAGACCUGUUCGCCUCAACAAAUGUAGCGUUGAUAAAGUGUUCAUGAGACAUUUUGGAGCUUCAUGUCAGCGUGGUGGGUGUCUGUUUCAGCACUAUAGUACAAAAAAAAUAAUAGACUACAAGUGAUUUUCUCAUGCAGUGGUAUGUUGCUACAUGCUCCAUGCGGUUAAAAUGUAAUAAUGAUGCACUAAUUCUAUUUUCUAUCGGGGAGGCAGACAUGUAUGUUCUGUGUCCUUCAUUUUUCUCUUUCUUUCACACUGAAAUGCUGUUAACUAACAUUUGAUUUUAAUGUAACGUUUUCUACAUUUAGUUGGAUUCCUUAUGUUAUCGUAGCACCUCCUUGUUAUCAUUUUGACUUUGUUCUAUCUCGUGUUUUCAUGGGCAUUCACAUGUAUUCCCCAUCCCCCAACCCUGCUCGGCGUGACACGAUGACCUGGCUGGGAUGUAAGAUAUGCAUACUCCAUACUCUACUUGAAGUCUGUCUGCUUGUGUUACUUGAUUUAAAAUGAGGAAGAAAUAAUGUACUCUUUCAGUUCCUUCCGAGUUUGACGUUCUUAAAAUAAUAACAAAACUUAAAAGCACCACCAAAAAAAAACAAAACAAAACAAAACAAAAAAAACAAAAAAACUCAUCCACAUCUGGGGAGGAUUUCUACAGGUGCCAUGAGAGCAACACGUGAUGGACUCCAGUGGUGCUAGAUGUGAACUCUCACCAGUUGGCCUGACGCAGGGGGUCUUAACCCCAGACUAAUGACUAUUUAAAGUAUUCCAGACUGAGUGAAGACGGGUGAAGGUUGUGCUGCUGGGUAGACCGUAGGGGUGCUGACAGUGUUACCGAUGGUGAUGGUGAGGAUGAGAAUGUGUGAGCUCGCUCUCCACGUCGCUGUGGAGACCCAAACUGCAGGGUGUUCGAUUUUUAUUUUCUAAGAAAGUCUGAAAGGAUGAAGUUGAGGUGUAAAACGCACAUGCAGCUCGAGUGGAUGAUUUCAUGAAAUUUCACGUGUGUAACCAGUAUGUUUACUACUAUGUAACCUCUUAAAAUCAACCAAUUAAAGCUUAAAAUAUUUGUCAUAA